GCGGGCAGGCCUGGCGCGAGGCGGGCGGCGGAGGGCGCCGUGAUGGCGAGCCGCGCCCGCGGUCCCGAGGACAACCCCUAGCGAGACCCGAGGAGAGCGGCCGGCGCCAUGGCGACCUGUAUCGGCGAGACGAUAGAGGACUUCAAGGUGGGGAACCUCCUGGGAAAGGGCUCCUUUGCCGGGGUCUACAGAGCAGUAUCCCUGAAAACCGGCCUGGAAGUGGCUAUUAAAAUGAUAGACAAAAAAGCCAUGCACAAAGUGGGAAUGGUACAAAGGGUUCAGAACGAGGUGAAAAUACAUUGUCAGCUAAAGCAUCCAUCUAUUCUUGAGCUUUAUAACUAUUUUGAAGAUAGCAACUAUGUGUACUUGAUACUUGAAAUGUGUCACAAUGGUGAAAUGAGUAGAUACAUAAAGAAUAGAAAGAAACCCUUUUCAGAAGAUGAAGCCCGGCACUUCUUGCAUCAAAUUAUCACGGGUAUGCUGUAUCUUCAUUCUCAUGGAAUACUGCAUCGGGACCUCACCCUUUCCAAUCUCUUACUCACCAGUAACAUGAACGUCAAGAUUGCUGAUUUUGGACUAGCAACUCAGUUGAAAAUGCCUCAUGAAAAGCAUUAUACCAUGUGUGGAACUCCGAAUUACAUUUCGCCAGAGAUAGCCACAAGGAGUCCACAUGGACUUGAGUCUGAUGUAUGGUCUUUGGGCUGUAUGUUUUACACUCUUCUUAUUGGAAAGCCUCCUUUUGACACUGACACGGUGAAGAACACGCUGAAUAAAGUAGUAUUAGCAGAUUAUGAAAUGCCAGCCUUUUUGUCCAGAGAGGCACAAGACCUUAUACAUAAAUUACUUCGCAAAAAUCCAGCAGAUCGUUUGAGUCUUUCCUCUGUGUUGGAUCAUCCUUUUAUGUCCAGGUGUAGCUCUGCUCGGAGCAAAGAUUCAGGAACUUCAGAAGAUUCCAUGGACAGUGGAAAUGCUACUAUCUCUACCACGUUUACAGGCUCUUCCAGCAUCAGUACCAGUGGCUGCUUGAAGGAGAAGAAGAAGCUGUUAGUGGGACAGCCGCUCCCAAAUAAAAUUACUUUUUUUCCUAAAAACAAGAAUCCCAGUAACGCUUCAUCUGUCGAUGGGAGUGGUUCUUUUCAUCAGUGGGGAAUUCAAGGGAAAGAAACUGGUGCAGGUGGCAGGGGAAGAGUCAUGCAACUUGCUGAAGAGAGACCGCAUUCCCGCUACCUCCGAAGAGCCCACUCCUCAGAUAGGUCUGGCACAUCCCACAGUCAGACUCAAGGAAUAUCACAUGUCGUUGAGAGGUGUCACUCCAUGGAACUGCUUUCCAAGCCUAGAGGAGGAACAAGGGAAAACACAGAAUGCUUUUCGCCUGCGAGCAGUUACACUGAUGUGGGAGAAAUAUUCAAGGAAAAGACUUCUGGUAGUUCUGGCUCUUUUGAAGGGCAAAUAUCUCCACCUGUGAAAGAUCAACCACACUCAAAUUUUCUCUAUCCAAUGAAGCCCCCCCCUGGUUUGUUAGAGCAGAAGUCCCAGGCUGAAACCAUGCAGCAGUGGCUUGGAAGCAUGCAGACGAACGCUCAGCUGAGACCACCUGAAGACCUGAUUGGUAACAGUAAUGCACAUGGAGGCUUUCGGUAUCAUCUGGGUAUGCAGCAAGAUACAUCGAGGAAUGGAUGGAACACCUUAAAGGAUAUCCGGGAUCAUGAUGCAUCCCAUGAUUAUUCACAUUCUUUGGAUCAGAGAAAACCAAACAAAUAUAUUCCCGAAGUGCUCUGCCAAUCUGGAAAGGCUCAGACAUCUUCAUGUGGCCUUUGGCCGGCUUCAGAGCAAAACCAAGCAUGGGGCCAAGAACCAUCAGCACGUCAGAAACCUACACUGCGAAGUAUAGUCUCACCUCUCAGUGCUUACAGGCUAAAACCAAUCAGGCAAAAAACAAAAAAUGCAGUGGUGAGCAUUCUAGAUACUGGGGAGGUGUGUAUGGAGUUUAUAAAAGAACACCAUUCACAAGAAUUUGUGAAAGAAGUUCUCAGAAUAUCUUGUGAUGGAAAUAUGAUUGCAGUUUAUCACCCGAAUGAAGGAAGAGGCUUCCUUCUUGACGACAGGCCGCCCAUUCUUCCUGAGGACAGCUGUAUGUAUAAUUUCGACAAUUUGCCAGAAAAGUACUGGAAAAAGUACCAGUAUGCAGCCAAGUUUGUACAGUUAGUGAGAACAAAAACCCCCAAAGUUACAUUCUACACAAGAUAUGCCAAGUGCAUGUUGAUGGAAAAUUCACCUCCUGCAGAUGUUGAAAUAUGUUUUUAUGAUGGAGCAAAGAUACACAAGACAGCUGGUAUCACUCGUGUGAUUGAAAAAUCAGGGAAAUCCUUCACUUUGAAAGGAGAAAAUGAAACAGGUUUGAAGAAGGAAAUGCAAGUAUAUAUGGAUCAUGCAAAUGAGGGACAUCGCAUAUGCCUUGCACUGGAAUCUGCUAUUUUGGAAGAAGAAAAAAGGAGUGAAAGUGUUCCAUUUUUUCCAAUAAUUGUUGGAAGAAAACCUGGCAAUACUGAAUCUCCAAAGGCAAUACUGCCUCUGUUAUUGGACAACACCAACUGUUCAAAAGAAGUUACAGCACUGGACAGAAAUACAGCUGCCAGUUCUAACCCAAUUCAAACUCCAAACUGUACUCCUGUGGUGUCAUAUGAAAAGUCUACACUUAAGGCCAACGCUGCUGAAAGCACGUGCUCCUCCAUUCAUCAGACAGAAUGCAGCCCAAAUUCAGCUCAACUUCUGAAGUCAGUCUUCGUGAAAAAUGUUGGUUGGGCUUCACAGCUGACCAGUGGAGCAGUGUGGGUUCAGUUUAAUGAUGGAUCCCAAUUGGUAGCCCAAGCAGGUGUUUCUUCUAUCACUUACACCUCUCCAGAUGGCCAGACAACUAGGUAUGGAGAAAAUGAUAAGUUGCCAGAAUACAUCAAAGAGAAGUUGCACUGUCUGUCUUCUAUUCUUGUGAUGUUUACCAAUCCAACAGGUCCCCACUGAUAAAAGCAAAGCAGGUCUUUGGGCACAAGAGCUUAAUAAACACACUCACUGACAUGAAAGUGACUGAUUUUCCUAAGCUUAUCCAGAAAUUCUUCAAAAUUCUGGUUUUAAAAAAAAAAAAUAGGAAGGGAAAGGUUGUUCUACAAUUUUUUUUUGUAAGAUACUUUACAAGCACAUUUUUCCUCAAAAUGAUGGAUGAACUUGCUCAAGCAAAACAUUGAGCAGCUUAAUUCUAUAUGACCUCACAUUUUUGGAAAUAAUCUUCUCUAUUUUUUUUGUUCCCCCACUGCUUACUCAGUGAUGAUAAUCAAGGAAAACAUAUCUGGCUGUUGAAGUGUUUGUGUUUGUAAAUAACUUGUAUUUUUACCUCUUACAAGUAAUAUAUGUAAAUAUGUACAUGUUUUAUACCUUUUUGUUUUUAUUUUUGUAGCAGCAGCUUUUAAAUUCCCUGCACAAGCAUUUUAUACCCCCAAAAAAUAAAUGCAGUGGUAAGCGUUCAGCUCUCUUUGUUUCAUGUUCAAGUUCACUGAGAUCUUUUCCUGUAACUAGUAAAGUUCAACUGUACCAGAAGCUCAUGUGUUACUUUAGAGUAUCAUAUGUUAGCAUACAGAUGGGUGAAGUUCAGGGCAAAUAACUAUGAAAACCAAAGCUUCUUCUCACUUGCUGAGCUGAGCAUUCGCACAGUGGUUUUGUAUGUUUAGUAUUCUACCCCUGGGCUACAGGUAACUGAAGAAUGUAUAGAUGAAAUUUCAUAGGAAAGCAAAUUAUACAUUCUGAACUGAUUCCAUUUGUUAUAUAAUCGUCAGUUCUUAUUAACUACAGACACUUAGUGCGAUUCAUAAUAUGUAAACUAUCAUAAGUAAGUAACAAACUGAACCAGCGCUGUGAGUAGCUGUUUGAAAGCAUUUCUUAUGUGUUGAUACUCCCAUUAUUAUUACUCAUGGAUAGAAUGUGAGCAUUCUUUCAGCUUUGUGAUAAAACAGGUAGGCUGCAAGGCAGUCAGUGCUUUUAAAAUAUUUCUGUAGUCUUUUAAUUAUAGUUUGCCUGCCAUUCAUAGUACCAAUUCACCCUUGAUGAUGUGUGGGCCAUCUCUGUGUUUAAAAACUUGUAGUAUUGCUCACACUGAAAAUCUUCAGGCAUAAUCUACUUGGGUGUGCCAACUCAGUGUACAUACAGUUGAGACAAGCAUACGUAGCCAACACCAAAAAGUGAAAAUGGCAUAAAUGCUUAGAAAAUGGUUCAACUAAUUUACAAAGAAAUGUGACAGGGAGGUAAGUGCAGUUAAAUCACAGUAUAGACCAGAAAACCUUUCAGCAACAAGAAUAGUUUACAAGAUUCCAAGGCUGAUAACCUGUAACAAUCAUGCAGCAGCUUAAACAACAGUGGAAUUGGUGAAAAUAAAACUCUUGUGGCAAAAGCAUUUGAAAACCUGCAAUCAAUGUAUUGUUAAGAUGUAGUAAGUUUUCUGAAUAUUUACCGGUUUUAUCCUUAAUCCUUGAAAAUAAUAAAAAUGCUACUGCUACAUGCUUUGUCCUAACAGUCAGCACAAACUUGGUAGUAGAAUACAAAAUUCUAAUUGCUGCUAGCCUCCUUGAUAACAAUUUCUAGACUCUAGUUUCUCAUGUCCAAAGAACUCGUGAGUGAUGUAACUCUAAGUUUUUCUUUGUUUUCACCACUAAUGUAGCAAAGUCAUUUUUCAUAACAUCUUGCAAUUCUGCAGCAAGAAAUACUGCAUUCACUUGAGUAGGUAUUGAAAUAAUCAUCUUUUAAUUCUGUAGUCAUUCAGUGCUUUAACAGUUAAGUAAGAUUACUUUAUUACAUUUAAUAUAGUAAGGAAACAUCAGAUAGCUGCUGUUUAACAUACCUACUACAACUUGUAUUUACUGCAUUUAUUUCAGGUUUUUCUUCCCCAGUAGGACUGAAACAGCAAGUGAACACAUAGAUUAACUUAGGCUCUGUUAAGAAUGAAAAAUAAUUCACUUUUUGAAGUAAAAAUAAUUGAUUCAAAGGUAAACCUGUUUCUUGCACUACAUUAUCAGAAAAUAAGUCUACAGAAAAUAGUCAACAUCUAAAGAACCAUCAGUUUCUUCCUUUUUCCUUAAUUAGCAUUAGUUCAGACUGAUCACUCAGUGGUGGCACAGUGCACAGUUUCAUUACCAACAAUGGAAGUGUACAUUAUUAUGCUUAGUAAUUCCUUCUUAGAGAGUAAGGUUAUGAAAAGCUAUGUAUACUCUUCUCUGUGCAGGUUAACCUUGCUAUAAAAAGGCAUUCAACACAACAGUACCAAAACAGUGUAUUAAUUACUAUAGUUCAAGUAAGUCACCAAGAUGAAUUUUUCAAUGGCUCCUAACCAACUUAAAUAGCUAAAUCCCACCUAUUUUUGUGAAGUAGGCACCUGUUUCCUCUACAGUUGUCACACUUCAAGUCCUUGCAU